AUGUCGGGUCUUGCGCCCUCCAAUGUUAUCAUCAUCCAUCCUGAUUUAGGCAUUGGUGGUGCGGAACGUCUCAUCAUUGACGUUGCGCUGGCCCUGCAGAAGCGAGGCCACCGAGUGACAAUCUACACCUCCCACCGCGACAAGACGCAUUGCUUCGAAGAGGCGCGCGAUGGCACACUUGAUGUCCGUGUGCGGGGGAAUACGAUAUUCCCGGCCCAUGUCUUUGGAAGAUUCCAUAUCCUCAUGGCGUCGCUGCGCCAGCUUCACCUGACUGCAUCGCUGUUGACGGAGCUGGGAUCAAGGGGCAAUUCAACAGCAAAAGACAAGUCUGCGCCUGGGGAAGAAGAUCAAGACGAUAUUUUCAUUGUGGACCAGCUUCCGGCGUGUGUGCCUAUUCUCAAGAGCCUUGGCCGACCCCGAAAAUCCAGACGCCAACGAAUCCUUUUCUACUGCCAUUUCCCCGAUCAAUUACUUGCACGACGAAACGAAGGCGGCUCGCUGUUACAACUAGCAAAGCUUCUCUACCGCUUUCCAUUUGACUGGUUCGAGGGAUGGGCGAUGAGUGCGUCUGAUAGGGUUGUUGCUAACUCAAACUUCUCACGCGGAGUGGUCCACAGUGUGUUUGGGACCGAGAAGCUUGGGGAUGUGGAUGUUGUCUACCCUUGUGUCGAUACGAGUUCCGCGGUGGAAACACCUACAAAGGAGCCGGAAGAUGCUCUUUGGGGUGGAAAGAAAAUAUUUUUGAGCAUCAAUCGCUUCGAGCGAAAGAAGGAUAUGGGUCUGGCGAUUCGUGCUUACAAUGGUCUUGGUGCGGGAAAGAGGAAGGGAACACGGUUGGUGGUUGCAGGUGGCUACGACAAUCGCGUUCAAGAGAAUGUCCAAUACCACCAAGAACUCGACAAUCUUGCGAAAGACCUCGGCUUGCGGACAGCGACAACGAAGACGGUAGUCUCCGCACUCUCUAUCCCUGACGAUAUCGAUGUUCUAUUCCUCCUCUCCGUUCCCACGACCUUUAAAAAUACCUUGCUUGCCCAGUCAAAGCUCCUACUAUACACACCAAUCAAUGAACACUUCGGUAUUGUGCCUGUGGAGGCCAUGCUUGCAGGCUUGCCUGUUCUGGCCUCAAAUACGGGCGGCCCAUUGGAGACUGUUGUUGAGGGCGAAACGGGCUGGCUCCGUGACGCUCACGCGGUUGAGGAAUGGACCGCGGUUAUGGAUAAAGUUCUCUACGGCAUGUCCCAGAAGGAAUUGGCCAAGAUGGCGGCUGCCGGGAAAGCAAGAGCAGAGCGGGAGUUUUCACUUACUGCUAUGGGAGAUCGAUUGGAAGAGGAAAUCUCGACUAUGUUGUUGGUGGAGAGGCGUCCUUUCCACGGGUGGCAGCCAGUAUUUGCCCUGCUGGUCGCCAUUUGCUCUUUCCUUGCUGUGUUGGUUGCUUUCUUGCUUCGCAGAGUGUAG